UGUUUAAUCAAUUUAUACAGCAAAGUCAGCUAAAAUGCUUUAUUUUUUUGUUAAGUUUUAUAUCACGUCAAAGUGCAUUAAUUUCAAAACAGUCAAUAAAUCUAGUAAUCAUACCAUUACAUAGGGGUAAUCAUCAAAGUAGUCGUGGUUUUGUAAACCUUCAACUUAAACAAUAAAGAAAUUUCCCGUGCAACGAUAAGGAUGUUCUAAAUUUAUCAAGUGAAAACUUAAAAAAAAUAGUAAACAGAAAACAUUCAAUAAAAAAUGCCGAGACGCAACCGUGAAACGAUGAGCAUCCACCUCGGACAGGCCGGUGUGCAGAUGGGUGAAGCAAUCUGGACCCAGUACGGCCUGGAGCACGGCAUUGGGAUGGAUGGCCAACGGAUGGUAGAGAUGGCGGACGGAUGCGACACACAAUUCCACGCGUGUCCUGCAUUUUAUUCCGAGAACGGUGAAGGGCGCUACGUCCCGCGGGCCGUCUUUAUCGACACGGAACCGAUGGUGAUUGACCAAAUGCAAGCGGCUGAGAUCGGUGAACUGUUUAACCCGGACUAUCUCGUCCGCGGUAAGGAAGAUGCGGCCAACAACUAUGCCCGCGGAUACUACAGUCUAUCCCACCGCACGCUUGUCGGAGCAUUCGAAGCCAUUCGGCAGAUGGCGGAGGACGCGGACAACUUACAGGGCAUGCUGCUGUAUCACUCGUUUGGAGGAGGCACAGGAUCCGGAGUGACGGCACAUCUGCUUCAGCAGCUUGAGGAAGAGUUCCCGCGGAAGACUCGCCUCUCGUUUUCCGUCUAUCCUUCCCCGUACCUGUGCACGAGCGUCGUCGAACCGUACAACACCGUGCUGAUGACGCACCGCAGCAUGAACAGCAUGGAGUGUUCGUUUAUGAUGGACAACCAAGCGAUCUACAGCAUUUGCAGUUCCAGGCUUUCCAUCGAACGGCCCAGCUAUGCGAACCUUAAUCAAUUGAUCGGUCAGGUUGUUUCCGGUGUGACGGCCUCGCUACGCUUCGGGGGCGAUCUCAACGUAGACAUGAGCGAAUUCCAGACCAAUCUCGUCCCUUACCCAAGGCUACACUUUCCACUGAUUUCUUUCGCACCCAUCAUUACCUGUGAAAAUGUGAACCACGAAAACCAUGAUAUCGGCGCAAUGACGAAGCAGCUGUUCGAACCCGCCUGCCAGAUGGUCCGGUGCGGGUCGCCUGGACGGGGCAAAUACAUGGCCUGCUGCCUGCUCUACCGAGGGCACAUACUGCCGAAAGACAUUAACGAAGCCAUUGCAAGUAUCAAGGCCACGCGCAGUGUGCGGUUCGUCGAUUGGUGUCCCACCGGGUUCAAGAUUGGCAUUAACGCGAUGCCUCCGAAAAUGGCCCCCAAUGGCGAUCUAGCGCCGGUCCGACGGUGCGUAACGAUGCUCGCCUCCACUACCGCCAUCUCGGACGCGUGGAGCAACAUCGACGAGAAGUUCGACAUCAUGUACCGGAAGCGUGCGUUCGUGCACUGGUUCGUCGGGGAGGGCAUGGAGAUGCAGGAGUUUGGUGAAGCUCGCGAAAAUCUCGCCUGUCUCGAGAUGGACUAUCGGGAGGCAGAUAGUGGAGUGUCCAGUGACGUGUCUGAAUUUUAGCAAAUCAACCAAAUCAAACUAUUUCGUUUCGGAAAAGAUAAAAAUAGCAACAAAAACAAA